AUGGCUCCAAUCGUCUCAGCCGCCGGGAACGUCACAGUCAAGGAGCUCACCGGUGGCUGCUCCGUGUAUCCGGAAUACGACGCCUCCGCUGGCCAGGCGGGGCCGUGGUCGAUGCAAGUAAAGGAUACCGAUGGCGUUAUCGACAACCACGGCCUGACCGCCAUUUACUCUCGCGGCUCGACUGGCAUCCGAUGGGGAUACAUGGCUGCACUUGACAAGGCCGCCGUGGCUCAGAUUCCGCUCCAGUGUGUCGACGGCCAAGGUAUUCAGGCCCGGGUACCCACUGGCGUCUCGGGCUACACCUGGGAGAACCUCGUGGCCGCGGAAAUUCCGUACGACGCUCUACUCAUGUACUUUGUCAACGGCACCGAAAUCAAGCCGUAUUCGCAUUACACACUCAACGGCACGCAGAUCGACGGAGUCUUCCUGGGCUCCGAAGGCUACACAACAUGGGGUUUCAGGAAGGAGACGACUUCCGACCAGGGAACUUUCUGGGAGGCCAGAUUGUUGGGCGCCGAUAGUGAGGAUCCUUUGACCGGCAAACCGCUGUUCGAUGGGGAGAUUACUGGCUUCCUCAAAGUUUAUGGCUCUUGA